UAGGUCAGUUGGUCGCAGAGUUAUUUUCCCUCAGGAACGUCUAGGGUUCGAACCACGUUCUACUCUUUUUUUCUUCUUCUUCUUCACCAUCUUCAUUGCAGCUUUUUUUGCAGAAUCUUCUGCAAUUCUGAUUCCGAUCCUUUGAUUCUCAUCCAUAUUUUCCCAAAUUUUAGCUUCAAGUCCUUCAAAUUCUACUUAUGGAUCCAGAUUUACCCUCAUCUCCUCCCAAAACCAGAAAGGUUAAAUUUGCUCCGAAAGCACCUCCCCGUCGAAAGAAGCAGAAUUCCGUACAACCUAAAACUGAAGCAGAUGGAAAUGAAGAUACCAAUGAUAAUGAAGCUGCGGAGGCUAUUCUGCACCGUGUUAAUGAGCGCCUGACUAGACAGAAACCCAAAACAGAGAAAAAAGCAGUUGAGGUUGCAUUUGCUCAUGGAGUAGCAUCACCAACUUCCAUAAGGACCUUUGGAAAGCCUAAGGAACUCACUGUCAAUCGGGGUAGUACUGUGAAAGACCCUGAAUCUGAUGAUAGGAUGGACAUCGAUUCUUCACCUCCUUUACCUGCAAGUAUUGGAGCAGAUCUUGCUGAAAUUUCAGUCAGUAAUUCAGAUGCUUUAUUUAAAAGGAAGAAGAAAGAGUAUAAAGAGCCUUGGGAUUACCAUCAUACCAACUAUCCUAUAACUCUUCCUCUGAGAAGACCUUAUGCUGGAGACCCAGAAAUUUUAGAUGAAGCUGAAUUUGGAAAGGCUGCAGCAAAUGCAGAGUAUGAUGAAACUAAUAUACAUCCUGCUUCAGAGCUUGGUUUACUGGAAAAGAAGGACGAUGUACAGAUUCUUUUUCUUCAGCUUCCAGCUAAUUUACCCCUAGCUACCAAAGGAGGUAGAGAUACUGCUGGCUGCUUGCCAUCGCCUAUGCUUAAGGGAAAAGAAGCAGCUGGCACUGCUCCUAGACUUCUUGCCAGUGCAAAGGGGAAAGAGAUAGUUGACAGCUCUACAAUUUCCAGAAGGCAUAAUACUGCAAAGGAAGCUUGCAAUUUGGAAAAGUUACCUGCGGGGAACAUGGGGAAAAUGCUGGUUUACAAGAGUGGAGCAAUCAAGUUGAAGCUUGGAGACAUCCUCUAUGAU